AUGGCCGACGCCCAGGUCUUCGAGGAGACGUUCAGCAUCACCGCCGUCAACAAUGACAAGUACGACCGCGUCUCGCGCAUCUUCGGCACCUCGACCGACAGCCAGAUCACCAUGACGCUCGACAUCAACCACGAGGUGUUCCCCGUGGCGACGGGCGAGAGCAUCAGCCUGGUGCUGGCCACCACCCUGGCGCUGGACGGCAGCGCAAAGGGCGAGAACGACACCAUGUGGCGCAACGUGGGCCGCCCGGGCGUCGCGACGCUGGCCGACAUGUACGACUAUGUCUGCUACGGCAAAAACUACCGCAUGGAGGGCGGCAACGGAGACACCAUAAAAUACUUUGCUAGUUUCGGCGGCCUGCUGCUGUACAUGGAGGGCCCCCACCGCAAGCUCAGCGGACUCAAGAUCGACGACAUCUACAUGCUCGUCAAGCACUCAUAG